AUGUCUAAGUCGGAGUCUCCUAAACAGCCCGAGCAACUGCGGAAGCUCUUCAUCGGAGGGCUGAGCUUUGAAACGACCGAUUAGAGUCUGAGGAGCUAUUGUGAGCAAUGGGGAACGCUCACUGACUGUGUGUUAAUGAGAGAUCCAAACACCAAGCACUUUGGAUUUGUCACUUAUGCCACUGUGGAGGAGGUGGAUGCGGCUAUGAAUGCAAGGCUACAUAAGGUGGAUGGAAGAGCUGUGGAACCAAAGAGAGCUGUCUCGAGAGAAGAUUCUCAAAGACCGGGUGCCCACUUAACUGUGAAAAAGAUCUUUGUUGGUGGCAUUAAAGAAGACACUGAAGAACAUCACCUGAGAGAUUAUUUUGAACAGUAUGGAAAAAUCGAAGUGAUAGAAAUCAUGACAGACGGAGGCAGUGGAAAGAAAAGGGGCUUUGCUUUUGUCACCUUUGAUGACCAUGACUCUGCAGAUACGAUCGUCAUUCAGAAAUACCUUACUGUGAAUGGCCACAGCUGCGAAGUAAGGAAAGCCCUGUUGAAACAAGAGAUGGCUAGUGCUUCAUCUAGCCAAAGAGGUCGAAGUGGUUCUGGAAACUUUGGUGGUGGUCGUGGAGGUGGAGUUGGUGGCAAUGACAAUUUUGGUCGGGGAGGAAACUUCAAUGGUCGAGGUGGCUUUGGUGGUAGCCGUGGUGGUGGUGGUGGAUAUGGUGGCAGUGGGGAUGGCUGCAAUGGAUUUGGUAAGGAUGGAAGCAAUUUUGGAGGUGGUGGAAGCUACAAUGACUUUGGCAAUUACAACAAUCAAUCUUCAAAUUUUGGACCCAUGAAGGGUGGAAACUUUGGAGGCCGAAGCUCUGGCCCUUAUGGUGGUGGAGGCCAAUACUUUCCUAAACCACGAAACCAAGGUGGCUAUGGUGGUUCCAGCAGCAGUAGUAGCUAUGGCAGUGGCAGAAGGUUUUAAUUUCCAGGAAACAAAGCUUAGCAGGAGAGGAGAGCCAGAGAAGUGACAGGGAAGCUACAGGUUACAACAGAUUUGUGAACUCAGCCAAGCACAGUGGUGGCAGGGCCUACCUGCUACAAAGAAGACAUGUUUUAGACAAUACUCAUGUGUAUGGGCAAAAAACUUGAGGACUGUA